CUCUGGUUUCCUCUUCAGCAGUGUAUGAUAGGUGGCAGUAUGGAACUAGUUUUCCAUCCGAAAACCCGCAGAAACUGGAGCUCCACGAGCUUUCAGCUAGUAAAUCUGUAGUUCCAGUCUUCGCUGUGGAUCAGCGGAGUCCGUUCUGAGAAAGAAAUGAUCAUCAGUUAGAUGCUCUAGCAGCUCUUCAGCUUUCUCUCCCAUGUUUCGGGUGGAUUCGAGGAACAUCAGGGUGGAAAUCUCAGACUGUUCCUCACAGGGUUCACUUUUCUUCUCUACCGGGACUUUGCUCGGAGUUGUUGGAGAAGAGUCCGUUCCUCCAGUUCCAGUUUGCUGCUGGAGAUUUCCAGAGCAUAGUCGUGCUCAGCUAUCAGCCUUUCUUCACCACCUCCCUUCAGCUCGCAGCUUCAAAAUCAAUGCCAUCCUGUACGAGGUCUCCUGCUCCGAGUGUCAACUUUUAAACCUGUUUAAAAUUUAUCUACAGAAAAACAAUCAACUAGAACAUUUCACAAAAAGCUUAAACUACAAGAAGAGGGAAAGAACAUGGAAUCAAUCACACAUAUCUCCAAUACUCGACAAACAUCCUCUCCUACCCCUCCCAAACAAAUGCAGAAAAGUAUGGAGAAGAAGAAAACUCACCACUGCUCAGACUGUGGGAAGAGUUUUAGGUGUCAGAGUUAUCUCCAACUACACCAGCACAUUCACACUGGGGUGAAACCGUUUUACUGCUCAGACUGUGGAAAGAGUUUUAAUCAACAGAGUACUCUCCAAAAACACCAGCGCAUUCACACUGGAGAGAAACCGUAUCACUGCUCAGACUGUAGGAAGAGUUUUAGUGAUCAUAGUACUUUCCGGCGACACCAGCGCAUUCACACUGGAGAGAAACCGUAUCAGUGCUCAGACUGUGGAAAGAGUUUUAUUCAACAGAUUAGUCUCCAACGACACCAGCGCAUUCACACUGGAGAGAAACCGUAUCACUGCUCAGACUGUGGAAAGAGUUUUAGUCAACAUAAUACUCUCCAACUACACCAGCGCAUUCACACUGGAGAGAAACCGUAUCACUGCUCAGACUGUGGGAAGAGUUUUACUCAUCAGAGUACUCUUCAACAACACCAGCGCAUCCACACAGGAGAGAAACCUUAUCACUGUUCAGACUGUAGGAAGAGUUUUAGUCAUCAGAGUACUCUUCAACAACACCAGCGCAUUCACACUGGAGAGAAACCGUAUCACUGCUCAGACUGUGGGAAGAGUUUUAGUCAUCAGAGUAAUUUCCAACAACACCAGCGCAUUCACACUGGAGAGAAACCGUAUUACUGCUCAGACUGUGGGAAGAGCUUUAGGGUUUCAGGUAUAUUGAAGACACACAAAUGCUCUAAAAUCAAUGAUGAAAUGGGUUGAAAACAUUACUCCAUUUUAAAAGUAACAGACAAUUGCAAAAAGAGGUAGGAAACUGGAGUUAGAGCCAGUUUAAACCAGUAAAGUUUUGUGUUUCUAUAAUGUGCUUGAGUAGCCAAAUAUACUGCAGUACUACUAUACUAUUGUAAUGGACACCAUGUCUGUGUGUGCUAGUUUUGCUAAGUUAGAAAGUCGAACACUCUGCACCAAUCCGUCCUUAGAGUUCUGUUUGUAAAAUGGUUAAAUCAAUCAGGAAAGUUCACAUUCUAGAAUGAGUGAGGGCACCAUUGUUUUUUUGAUGAUUUCUUGAACCUGAAAAUCCCUGAAGGUAAUUAUUGAUAACAAGCUGACUGAUUGUGAGCUGGCUUCAAAUAUGAAGAUAUUAAAAAUGGAACUGUAUGAACAGAGACAGGCAGUAAUUAUUAAAUAUAAUACUAGAUAACUAAUGUGCUUGUGAUGAGGGUUGUAUUUGCUGUGUAUUUGACUUAUUUUGUCUAUUUCAUGCUGUUGGAUUGUAUUGUAUACAAAGACUAAUAAAAUAAAAAUAAAUGAAAACGG